GGACGACUUUUCAAGUCGUUCACUACCUAUAGCUCAUCCGAAUUGACGAUAGAAUAUAUAUCCGAGAGUCUAUAGAAUUGAAUAUUCUUCGACGUCAACUGCAGGACUAACCGUUCCCGGUCAGCAUGCGCGAGAGGCAACAACCAUGUUCGGACGACUUUUAACACCCUUGGUUACUCCUCUUGUCAACCACUUUGACCUCUCACCCCGGCCAGGGACAGCAUUCGAGAAUGGCGAAGACCAGGAAACGGCAUCUGCGGAGAACUUUGCUCGAGAUGUGAUAAUUGAGGUGAUGCGAAACUCUGUGGAAUCAUUGAAAGUGGCAUAUAACCUGGACGAAAAGAUUCAGACUAUGAAUGAAAUACAACGGAUUAUGAUCGAGGAACCGUGCACAAAAGACGUCUUCCGAGAACUGGAUGGUUACUUGCUUCUAAUAAAUGUGCUGUCGAUAUUACACUCCUAUAUAGAACAGGAAGGCUCUGAGUUAAUGCAAAUAGAAGAAUGUGAGCGUCUAGCGUUCAAUCUCCUUGCAGAGUCCAUGAAUGGGAAUAUAGAGAAUUCCCAGUAUUUCCAGAAUCAUGUUGGCUAUACAUCUCUAGAGGAAGCUCUGAAACCCCUUUUGAUGGACCAACGGACGGCUGAUCUGGUGUUUGGCUUCCUAUUAUCGCUGGCUCACGGGAACUUUGCUCUGUCGAGCGUGUUUGGGACCCUACGAUCGCAGGGAAAAACUGAUUUCGAUGGGUUCAAGGAGCUUCUGCGGGGAAUAAAAAAUCCUGCUUGCUAUGUUGUAUUGGUAACCUCGCUCACGCGUAUUCCCGCUGAGGACAUUUUUCUGCCCAAAGCUGUCUUUGCGCUCGUGGAGACUGCGGUCUGUCUUAACCAUCGGAAUAAGGCCCUGUUAAGCGGCACGCAACUCUUCAGGCAUAUUCUUGAUCGUGUCCUCCUGUCCGAUGUACCCAAUGCGAAAAUACUGAAGAGGCUUUUUGACAUUGGAGCAGAAACAGAAGAUGUCCGGUAUCUCUUCCAACACGCAGUCACCAGAGAUGGUGCUUUAAAUCCAGACGUUCUAGAAAUCAUUCGCUCAGGAAUGAAGGCAAGAUGGCCAAUGCAUUUCUCGAUGGAAGGGGUAGCUGCACUCCAGUUCGGUGACCAGAAUGUUCGGGGUUUACCGUCGACAGGCUUCACUUUCAUGAUCUGGUUGUACGUUGAACGUUUUCCUAACGAUACUUCCUACCCCAUCCUCAAAAUCCAGUCGAAGUCGCGUGUACUAUUUUGCCUUUCUAUACGACGUGAAGGCAUCUUGGAAUUGCUUAGCUCUGAGAAUAGCGGAGGAACGUUGCUUGAGCACUCAAAAAUCGGGAAAUCGCGUUGGACCCACGUGGUGCUAAUCCACCAUCCUCAUAGAGCGACGAACCCGACUAUUCGUGUCUUUGUCGAUGGGGUGCUGUCUGACUCCAGGCAAUGGGCUUAUCCACGAACUGAAUCAACGACGCAGACUAUUAGAUACAUUGUUGGCAGUAAUGACUCGACAUUAUCGCCCCGAAUGAGCUGGUCUAUCGCAUCGUCAUAUUUGCUCUCUCUACCGCUAUCUGAUGAGAUCCCAAAUAUCAUUCAGCAUCUCGGCCCACGUUAUUAUGCACAUUUCCAGACCAAAGAUCUCUACCGAUUCUUGACAUAUGAAGCUUCUACGUCCCUUAACAUAUUCCUUUCCAGCCUCGUAUCGCAGCGCACCAAGGCAGGCCGUAUCCAAAGUGCAAGAACCGGGAUUGCUCCGAGUAGUUCUUCUACCCUCCGCAUACUCAUGGAUGGAAUUGGCGUUGCCGAGGAAGGGUUCCUUUUCUCGAUUACAGCCCUCGGAUCCAACUACGAUAAUAAAGCGGAUGGGAACAGAGAUGUCUCCUCUACCUACAUCGAGAAUGGCGUAUGCAGUCCUAAGGCUUCAGCGGAUCGCAUGCGUCUGGAAAUACUUGGUGAUGUUGUUAGUGUUACGCGGGAAUGUCUAGAUACGGCGCUGUGGAAAAUUGGAGGAGCAGCAGUGACGCUGCGAUUAGUCGAACUCGCUUCUACUCCACACGAGUUGUCGAGAACGCUAGGUAUUUUCGCGGAUGGCUCACGGAAUUCUUGGCAGAUGUCUGAAGACAUGGAGUACAUCCAUGCAUUCGAUAUACUUGCACAUAUUCUAUAUUCGAAGGCACAGCUGAUAAACCUGACGGCGUUUGAAACGCUGUUUGAGUUUUUGGGUCUAAAUUUCCGCAAUCCCGACCGUUCUGCCGUAGUCAACACUAUAGCUUAUAGAGCAAUAGCGCUCGACUUUGGGUUAUGGGCGUCCACAAAAACAGAAAUUCAGCAGAUGCAUCUCGAACACUUUGCGACGUUAUUAAGGACAAGCAAGCAUCGCUCAUUUAACGCGAAACAACGCAUUGCUAAGUUUGGCGUGGUGCGACGACUGCUUUUCGUAUUGCACACAAAUUGGUAUUCUGCAGAAAUGGAUGCCUUCCUCGUAUCGGCCUUGAAGUGCGUAGCUCAGGCGUGUUUUUCAGCCGAGGACACAAUCAAACCAAUAGUGUCUUUUCUGGCCGCUAAUCUCCACGAAGAUGGCUCCCAAGAGCUGUCUCCGCGGUCGAUUGUUUCCCAACUAGACAGAACUCGCUUAUACAAUAAGGCGGAACAGGUGCUUGUUGCUUUCGUUUCGAUCUUGUCAAUGGGGAGGAAUUUGGCAAGCUUCUCGUCUGUACUUCCUCUACCACGAAUAUGUUUGCUACUUUUGGGAGAUAAACCAUCUCCGACUGUCGCCGUGCAAAUUUUGACAAUCAUUAGCCUCGCCUUAAAGAUGUCUACUUCAUUCAUCCGCAAAUUCGAGCUCGUAAGUGGCUGGACAGUUCUAAGGGUGACUCUACCAGCCGUAUGGAACGUCGAGGUUCAACGUGCCGCUUUUGAUGUCUUACUAGGCCAAGUUAAGGACAGUAACGAGGCGCAGUCUGAUCAACGCGGUACCGCCAUUGUCUGCCCGCAGAUGAUCUCUGCUAUUCUCGCUGCAUUAGACCAUGGUCUUUCUGUUAUCACCCAAGAUGUCUUUGACGAAGAAGCAACUGAUGCAGAGACGUUUGUCGAAACGCUGCUUGAGGAGCUGAUAGACUUGCAAUCGAGUUCAGCAUCGUUUCGACAGGCAUUCAAAUCCCAGCAGACCACCGCCCUGCUCAUAAGCACAUACUCCGUCUUUGUAUCGAAGGCUACCGUCGUAGAAGCUAACCGGCGUACUUACAUUCGUGUGUUGGAAAAGCUAAACCAUUUUGCCGUGGCUUUAGCACUUGACAACGCUGUUUCGAGCUCUCAAAAGCAACAGGUGCUGUCAGUGUUUCAGCAAGCCGAAACUUUGCUGAACUUGGACCUUUCCAAUGAAAGCGUUACAACGGAAAGACAUGCCAAGCAAUCAAGCGAUGCUAGCCGUACACACGCUGGCGUGCACAUGCUUAGUGAACGGGCUUAUAUUAAAACUGCGACUAAGAUUCGCGAGUGGCGGAAGAGCAUAGUACUCACCGAAAGAAAGCGCUUGCGGAGGACUGCGAUGGACAUUCGAGAACAUCGCCAUCAUGUAGAACAAACCAGUGAAUGGCGUGAUGGUCUUUAUGACGAUAGAGGUCUCUGGGCUAUGGAGGGGCUGCUUCACUCUUGGAUUCUAGACGAAACAGAAGGGCCCUGUCGUGUGAGGAAAAAACUGCAACGAAAGCGCGAAACCCUGUCUUUCGGCACGUCUGGUGAUCAGACGCGUGUGGUCACGGAACCGGAAAGCGAUGCGCAGUCUUUCAUUCAAGUUGAACUGGUAGUACCUCCGUGGGCCGAAGGUUACGAAUUUCAACCGCAUGGUGGAGACGAGUGGAUUGACGAAUUUUCUGACGAUAAACUUCGCCGUGUUCGUCAUGAGCUGGAAAGUGGUGAUGUCAUUGACGCCGUUUGUACAGUAACGCGCAUAGUCGGUGUAGAUUCUUCGCCGGGGCUACUCAUACUUGGGCGUACUCACUUGUACAUGCUAGAUGGCUUGGUUGAGAAUGAAGACGGAGAGAUUGUUGAGGCAUGUCACGCACCAAGGAAUCUCUUCUCUGUCCCUGGCUCUGUCCUCGAACUCGACGGUGGACAAAGCGCGCAAAAAUGGACCUACGAUCUGCUAGCGUCAUUUAGUCGAAAAACCUGCCUGUUCCGCGACGUUGCACUGGAGCUCUACUUCAAGGACAAUCGGUCUCUUUUGAUAGUCUUUCCGAACAAACAACGUCGCCAGGAAAUCUCGGACAAGUUGGCAAAUUCUGUCGUCGCUCGUAGCACGUCUGUUUCUCGAUCACCGUUGGUUUUGCACCGCACCCCGUUGCUCGGAAGGGCAACCACAAGGGUCAUGACGGACCUCCGCGACGAACUAGCGACUGCACAGCGAAAGUGGCAAGCACGUGAGAUCAGUAAUUUUACGUACCUAAGUAUUCUCAAUCAGACGUCUGGGAGGACACCGGGUGAUGCCACGCAAUAUCCGGUAUUCCCAUGGGUACUUGCAGAUUAUUCCUCUGCGUCACUCGAUCUCACAUCCGCUUCCACUUUCCGAGAUCUGACUAAACCAAUGGGAGCUCUUUCUGAUGCAAGGUGUGACGCCGCUCGACAGCGAUACGAGAAUCUGAAGAGUGUCGGAGAGGCACCUUUUCAUUACGGGACACACUUUAGUUCAUCCAUGAUCGUUUGCCACUUCCUUAUCCGGUUAGAGCCCUUUACGCAUAUGUUCAAGACACUACAGGGCGGUGAUUGGGACCUUCCAGAUCGUUUAUUUACCGACAUUGCUCGCGCUUACAACUCAGCUUCGCUUGACUUACGAGGGGAUGUAAGGGAGCUAAUCCCAGAGUUCUUUACUUGUCCAGAGUUCUUGCAGAACUUGGAAAAUGUCAAUUUUGGUGUCCAGCAAAAUACUGGAGAGAAGAUUCAUGAUGUAAAGCUUCCACCAUGGGCGAAGGGUGAUCCGUUACUGUUUGUCAUAGAACAUCGGAAGGCAUUGGAAUCGGAUUUCGUCAGUGAGAAUCUUCCGUCCUGGAUUGAUUUGAUAUGGGGUUAUAAACAACGGGAUGUAAACUCGCUCAACGUCUUCCAUCCAUUCAGUUACGAGGGAUCCAUAGAUCUCGACCAGAUAAAGGACGAGCUGGAGCGUAAGGCGACCGUAGGCAUAAUUCAUAACUUUGGGCAGACCCCACGAAAGCUAUUCGACGCUCCACAUCCGUCUCGCAUUUUGCAAGGACCGACUACGUUACCCUUAGGGACUCAAUAUGGUGCUGUCGAAGACUUCCACCUUCUUGUUCAGUCACCUCGCCCAGUCGCAGAGAUAUCCGAACCUGUGGCUUCUCUUGCAAUUGACAUGGUAUCAGAGCGCGUAAUUCCUUGCCCAGCGAAAUUGCUUUGUGUGCCCUCCUAUCCUCAUGAACAAAUUGCGUGGGGCUACGUAGACCAAAGUAUCAAGCUACUCAUUGAUGGAAGGGUGACGCAGGUUGUCGAAACAAUUUCAUGCAUUUGCGUGGCUUUUGUGGACUCAGACCGGUUUGUUACCGGUUCGGCCGACUUCAUGGUUCGCUUCUGGGACCUAAAACGGAAGGAUGGCAAAGCUUCAUUCUCAAAGGUACAGAUGCUACGUUGCCAUACGGCAGCCAUUCUAUGCAUUGCCGCAUGCAAGGCCUGGUCGUUGGUCGUCAGCGGUUCUGGGGAUGGUACUGCUAUAAUCUGGGACCUUAACAGGGCCAUAUAUUCCCAUUCUAUUGAUCAUAAGAUCAUCGGAGAUGACGUCAGCGAGAGAUCCAAAGUUCACCUUGUUGCUAUAAAUGAGUCGACGGGCAACAUUGCAACGUGUUCCGACAGGAAGCUGUGUUUGCACACGAUCAAUGCACACCAAAUUGCCGAGCUUGACCUCACACAUUCUAGCCCUACCGACGGCAGAAUAACCUCAUUAGCCUUUCAUGAACGUGAGUAUGCGCGACUCGGUAUGUUAGCAACGGGGAUGAGCUCGGGUGCGAUCGUACUUCGUACUUGGACCGCGUCUGACACUCCCGCUGGAGAGAGGGCACAAUGGAAGUUCUAUACUCUCAAGAAACUGCGUUGUCGAGAAGGAUACGACGACAGAACGCCGAUGGUCACAGCGCUUCAGUUCAUUGGAGAAUCUCUUUAUCACGGAGAAGAGGGUGGGAAGGUAUUUUCAUGGGAUCUUCCUGAUUAAUCUUCUCGCGAUAGUUUAAACAGCGUAAUGUUCGCUGACGUUUUCAAGUUCAAUACACUACGUACCAAUUGUCCGUGAAGCUAGUUGAUGUCGUGUUUCGUGCAGGCUCGUCUGAUUCACGCAACUGAAGUAUUUCCCGCGUUCGAGGCCUUUUUGUGUUUCCAUUACAAAGGAUAUGGAACUCGAUGGAUUCUCACUUAAGAGCGGUGCAAUCGGUGGGAUCUCAAUGUGAUGAUCGGAUUCGACAUUCGCCAUUGGUAUCAAGUCAAAUAGAACACAAGUUAACUGGAUAAAGGUCGGUUCGUUUCAAACGAAGGAAGACCUCACACAUCACACAUUCCACUUCUCUCAUUCCCACUGCUACCUAUCAUAAAUGGCUACCGACUCUCCAAUAGCACUGGACAGUACACUAGGUUGCCUUUUCCUUGCAGGCAUCUUUUCUGCAGUGUACUUGCCUCUGUCUUGCGUAUCGUUUUCGACGCUGAACUUGUACUAAUAGGCUGUGGGGCAUGGCGUUUAUCCAGCUUUACUUAUAUUAUGAAAAUAGCUCGAAGUUCGAU